UCCCUCCCCUGGGUGACCUCCCGGCACCGGGAUGGAUCACACAGCCCCCGGUGCCCCCCGUACCCCAUGGCCGUGUCCCAUAGGCAGCAGCAUGGCCCAGCAGCACCGCACCGCGCCCCCCCCCCUCAAGACAGAAGAGGACUACAUCCCAUACCCCAGUGUGCACGAGCUGUGGGUGCAGGUGCUGGGCCGGGAAGGGCCGUUCCCCCUCAUCCUGCUACCACAAUUCGGGGGCUACUGGAUCGAGGGCACCAACCACCAACUGAGCGGGGCCCCCGAGCCCCCCCCUGAACCCAGCCCCGGCACCCGUGUGCGGCUGGAGGGCAACCACACGGCCAAGAUCUACCGCAAGCACUUCCUGGGCAAGGAACACUUCAACUACUACUCCCUGGACCCUGCACUGGGCCACCUUGUCUUCUCCCUCAAAUAUGAUGAGCAGGAGCACCUCCACCUACUGCUGCGCACCCGAUCCCGCACCCUGCACGAUGUGGUGCCCAUCUCCUGCCUGGCCGAGUUCCCCAACGUGGUGCAGAUGGCCAAGCUGGUGUGCGAGGACAUCAACGUGGACCGCUUCUAUCCCGUGCUCUACCCCAAGGCCUCCCGCCUCAUCCUCGCCUUCGAUGAGCACGUGCUCAGCAACCACUUCAAAUUUGGUGUCAUCUACCAAAAGCUGGGGCAGACCUCAGAAGAAGAGCUCUUUGGCACCACGGAAGAGAGCCCAGCGUUCACCGAAUUCCUCGACAUCCUGGGGCAGCGGGUGCAGCUCCGUGACUUCAAGGGCUUUCGGGGAGGGCUGGACGUGACACACGGGCAGACGGGCAGCGAGUCAGUGUAUUGCCACUUCCGGGACAAGGAAAUCAUGUUCCAUGUCUCCACCAAGCUGCCCUACACUGAGGGCGAUGCGCAGCAGCUGCAGCGAAAACGCCACAUCGGCAACGACAUCGUGGCCGUCAUCUUCCAGGACGAGAACACCCCCUUUGUGCCCGACAUGAUCGCCUCCAACUUCCUGCACGCCUUCGUGGUGGUGCAGCUGGAACCCGGCGGCCCCCAGGGGCCCCUCUACAAAGUGUCGGUCACCGCCCGCGAUGACGUCCCCUUCUUUGGGCCGCCGCUGCCCGACCCUGCCGUAUUCAGGAAGGGCCCCGAGUUCCAGGAGUUUCUGCUCACCAAGCUCAUCAACGCCGAGUACGCCUGCUACAAGGCCGAGAAGUUUGCCAAGCUGGAGGAGAGGACGCGGGCAGCGCUGCUGGAGACGCUGCACGAGGAGCUGCAGGGCCGCAGCCAGGCCAUGCUGGGGAUAGGCCCCGACGAGGAGCGCCCUGACAACGGCUCGGCCCCGGGCUUCUUCGAGUCCUUCAAGUCGCUGUUGGUGCCCGGGAGCCGCCGGGGCCGCCGCGGCAGCGCCAUCGGUCUGGGCUCGGUGGAAGAGGCGCUGCUGGUCCCAGGGAAGAGCCCGUCCCGGCGGCGGCCCGGCCCGCUCGGUUCGCGCCGUUCCAGCGCCAUCGGCAUCGAGAGCAUCCAGGAGGCGCCGGGCAGGGACGGCCCCGCCCCGGGCAACGACGGCAACUCCUCCGCGCACAGCUCACCCGAGAGCCGGCGGAACCCCGACAGGGCGGAGAGGCCGGAGCCUCUGCAGGACUUCUCCCGCUCGUCCUCCAGUGCCAGCAGCUUCGGCAGUGUGGCCGAGGAGCCGGACGAGCAACCUGUGGGCGAGCAGGGCAGGGACAGCCGCUCAUCCUCGCGGACCCCCCGGCAGCGUGACCCCUCUGCUGAUCCCCCCUGGCCAGAGGAUCCUCCCGGCACCCCCCCAGGCAGCGCUUGCCACCCCGAGAUCAAAAUCCAGCUGGAGCAGCCUCCCUCAACCCCGGGCUCGUAGCUGACCCCCAAACCCCGGGGGGGCACCGCUGAAGGAGGGUCCCCGCUGUGCCCCUCCCACAGUGCCCCCCACCGCUCACAUCCAGGAGCCGAAGCCAUCGUCCCCACUGCGGGAUUGGGACCCACCUAUAGGGUCCCCCCCCCUAUUCCAGACAAUCUCCUUCACCCCAAUGCCCCCUUCUGGGGGGAGGGGGAAUGGGUACAGGGAGACACACAGUGCAAUGCCCCCCCCCCCCCAAGGCGGGGGGGGGCCGGCCCCGGGGGGCCCCCCCCAAAAAACAAAAAAAAAAAAAGAGAAAAUCGCACAGUGUAGGGGCUCAGAACUCAGCAGGGGCCACAUUGCUGCCCCCCACCCCCACUUCCCCUUCCUCCCCACUAUUUUCUUUAGGGUUAACAGCUCCAGAUUGGAGGGGGAGAGUUUGGGGCUGUGGGGUUUUUUUUCAGCCCCCCUCCCGGGUCGUGGUUGUGUUACCCAUAUCAGUGUACAAAUAAAAGUCUAUUUAUCGCUA